GGGUCUGACAGCCUGUGGUGUUACGGCGAGGAGGAGUCCACAGAAUGGAAAUGAAAAAUGGAGGUGAAACACCUGUAGUACCUGAAACCCAGAGGCACAACUGAACCAUGAAACUCGCCACUGUGGCCUUUUACGGGUUUGCUCUGGGGCUUCUGGCGGUCGGCCUGCGAGAGUUGCUGACUGGCUUCGAGGAGAACAGAUGCAGCAUGACCUACAUGUUUGAAUACCCGGAGUACCGGCGUGUGUCUCUGCCUCGCCGCGUGGCCAGACUGUACCCAGCGUACGGCCUCUACCUGUACGGAGAGGGUGUGUACGCCCAGGAGACCCGAGCGCUCAAGCUCACCGGGGCCCCUGUGCUCUUCUUGCCUGGAAAUGCAGGCAGCUACAAACAAGGUAAGUGCAGGAAAUAAAUGAGCGGUCAACGAGAGUGAGAAAAAAAAAGGCAAGGGUUUUGGCUUUGGAGAGCAAAGGCUUUCAGAUGCAGAAGAAGGAGGUCAGUGGCUGAGGCUGUUGGAGGACCUGAGCAUAGCUUCAUGCUUCAUGUCGAUGUAACUCACACAAGCUUUUCCUUUGGUUAAGACGGUGGAUUUUACAGUUAUGCAGCCCAGGUGGGUGGGUUUUGGAAUCUCUGCAUCCUAAACAACUGGCUUUUACACUAAAUCACCCAAAAGUGUGUUGUGUUUUCUUUUUGUUUUGAUAAGGUUCUUUUAUAAUUUUAAAGCAGUAUAGAUAACCUUUCCACCUUGGUGUUUCCUAAAAGAGUUGUUGGAUUAUUGUUGUGUUUUUCUCAGAGCACAGGACACUGCAUUUGUUUCCUAAAUAACUGCGCAACAGAGACUUUGAUAACAUGCUUACUGUCAUUAUUCUCCAGCCAUUACUUUGUGCAUCAGAAUUCAAUUCACGA